AUCGACUUAUGGUUUGUGGGCCCAGCCUUGACAUCAUAUGCGGAGUUGACUGUUUUUGCAUAGUUGGGAGUGCUGCCGGUUCUACGUUUGCAAAAAUAUUCUUUUCCCAGCUAGACUUGAAAGAUCUGGACGAUCCAAUGGCUUCACUGACAGUUCAUCCGAUGGAAAUCCGUUGCACAGAGGCGCGUCCAGUGCUCGCAGCGUUGCCAUCUCGCAGGGCUGCCAAGUUUAUUCUAUCGAACUAUAUUGGUCGUGUGCACAUGUGGUGGCCAAUCCUCCACCUUCCUUCGUUAAGGAAUGGCUAUGAUAAGAUUUUCACGGAACCAAAUCGAUGUGAUGCCUUUCAAAAGUUUGUCGUCUUUAUUACCUUGGCCCUGGGAUCGUUUGAAGGAAGGAAGACAAUGGAUCGUGCUAUGCCACCUGACAUAUUUACGCCCUCCGAUUACUUUGCAACAUCUUCGAGGUUUUAUGCAGAGAUGAGAUCGAGGAGAACUCUGCAAGCGCUACAGGCAACUCUUCUUAUUUGCUUGUGGCUGAUGAGGACCCCUACGGCGAGUGCGAGUGAAGAUCUUUGGCAGCUAAGCCGGUUCGCCAUCUCUUCUGCGCAGGCUAUGGGCUGCCAUCGAAACCAUCCUCGACGAGAUAUUGACGCCUCGGAACGAGAGCUGAGAAGCAGGAUUUGGUGGUGCUCGUAUGCGCUAGAAAGGACAAUCGCCGUGGCUCUCGGGAGAACAUUGUCACUUCGAAAUCAAGCAAUUGAUACUCCAUAUCCCAGGAAUAAUGCAGAUGACGCGUUGACUGAUGAAGAGGCCAAAUAUGCCUCAGCUUUCAAGAGCAUGGGCAUCAUACCUGCAGUACACCUCUUCCGCUUGACUCGGAUUCUAGGCGAUACCUUGGAAUCUGUGUAUAUAGCACGUCCCCGAGUGAGACCGUCGCUCAGCUUAAAGGCAACUCGCCAAGUCUCCGAGGAUAUCCGAACGGAACUGAGGCGCUGGGAGCAGGAGAUUGACCUUUACACCCCAAUCGGAUCCCGGGAGAAUAAGGAAUUGCGAAUUCGCCAUAGCCUUGCUUCCUUGUUACUAAACCGACCAUCUCCUUCUUUUCCAUUGCCAGCUCAGGAGAAUAUGCAAGCCUGCUUGUCAGCUUCAAGCACUGCAAUUACACUUUGGACCGAGCUUUUAGAUGAAAAGGAACUGAAGAUAACGUGGAAUUUAUUCCAUGAUGUCUUUAUUAGUGGGCUCAGCUGGCUCUACUGUGGUUGGAGAACAACCAGUAUGGACGACGAGACCAUAAUUGCAAAUGCUCGGUCUUGUCUAAGGAUACUAGAGCAUACAUGCAACGAGGCAGGGUAUUCGAGGCGGCACCUUGGACUCUUUGACAAACUGACACGGAUAACAAUUGCUACGCGCCAACUACGCCAAGAAGCUCCGAACAUGUCAUCAAUGACCGAAAGCAAUGUUCCCAUGGACGUUGAUCUGGACGGGUCCCUGGAUCAAUUACUCUCCAACCUUGACUGGAGCUAUGGCAGACAAGACAAUGAGGCCACGGAUCCAUGGAUGAGCGCUUUCAUAUCGGAUAUUGAAAAGUUGCACCAAGAAAUUUCAAGACAACCUCAAUAGUUUCGGAAUGCGACACAAUGCGUAUAUUUAUGGUCUACAAGGAUAAUGGC